GCGUUCAGGGAACGAGGCGCAUUAUUAUUACGUCAUCCCAAACAGGAAGUAAGCGACAACCUCUAUUAGCAAACACGCCUCCUUGGGUUGUCAUGUGAAGGUGAACUAGGACGUUUCCUGUGUUACACCGCACUUGCUUCACUGAGAGGAUGCUGCUCCGGACCCUGUGGUUCCGACUGGGAUCUGUUGGCAGGACACCAGUCUGCAUCCGUGUCUCGGCCAGUUUCUCUUCAUCAGUCCAGCCACACAAGUAUGAAUCAAAGCACAGGACUCUCUUCACCUGCUCUGACCCAGGAAUCUUUACACGAAGCUAUUGCUUCCAGACCCCACUCCAGAUGUGUAGGAGACAUUCACUCCCUGCUGCAGCUGGUAGUCCCUUAAUAGAUCCUAGGAUGCUGGCUGUGUUUAAAGGUGGGCACAAGUGUUUCUAUUCGUCAGACCUCAUGAAGUCAGUGUUGAAACCAAGUUUAAAACCAGCAGCCACUCCUGGAAAAAGGGUUCCUAAAGGACCAAGAACUAAGCAACCAUCCAGAGCUAAUCAGCCAUCCCAGAGUGUGGACAAGGAUAUGAUGCAGUGUAUCGCUUUCGCAACAGCAGAUCAGUAUCAUUUGCCAACACUUUGCCAUGACUUAAUUACCCACGGUUUCACUGAGUUAGAAUUACCCAGAGAUGCUGCAAAUGUGCUUGUGAUAAAUACAGACAUGGCUGCAAAACCAGAUGACAAUGCUCUAAUGUUCUUCUUCAGGGAGGGCUCUGUAGUUUUCUGGAAUGUGGAAGAGAAAACGAUGAAAAAUGUGUUGAGAAUACUGGAAAACCAUGAGAUCCAGCCGUAUGAAGUAGCAUUAGUUCACUGGGAAAAUGAAGAAAUCAACUACACUGUUGGAGCGGGGAAUACAAAGCUUGAACGUGGCAACUUCAUUUUGAGUGAUGAGAUGGAUCAGCAUGAAGCCGUUCUAGAGAAAUUUGCAUUUUCGAAUGCACUCUGUCUGUCAGUGAAGCUGGCCAUAUGGGAAGUGUCAUUAGACUAUUUUGUGGACUCUAUUCAGUCGAUUCCCGAGACACUGAAAUCUGGUAAUAGAGUCAAGUUGUCUUCUUCAGAGGUUAUGCAGAAGAUAGGAGAGCUUUUCACGCUGAGACACUGUAUAAACCUGAGGUCCGACCUGCUCCUAACGCCUGAUUUCUACUGGGACCGAGAAAACCUGGAAAAGCUCUACGACAAAACCUGCCAGUUCCUCAGCAUCAACCGCAGGGUCAAUGUUAUAAACGAGAAGCUGGAGCAUUGCACACAGUUGACAGAUCUGAUGAGGAGCCACCUGAGUGAGAAGCACAGCUUGAGGUUGGAGUGGAUGAUAGUCAUCCUUAUUACUAUAGAGGUAAUGUUUGAACUGGCAAAAAUGUUCUUCUAAGCUGCUCACCCAACAAUUCCCCUAAAAUGGGAUGAGAAACUACAACAGAAGCUCUGGACUGUGCAAAGGUACUGUCCAUAACAUGUGACAGUAGUUUCUGACCGGAUUAUUGGAAUGUUGUACUGAUAUUUUGUUCAGUAUCAGUCCCUUGACCUGUAACACAUCAACUUGUUGAGUAAUCACUUUUUUCGGUCAAAUAUCAAAAGUUAAUUUAUGAUCACUAGAAUAGACAAGAAUCAUCCAUUUUAUAAAUGUAAUCAAAGGAUUUUAUUAAUAAAAUGUGACUGUAUAAACAUA